UCAGGAGAUGGAAGAUGCGUGAUAGGCCAUCAAGUGGGCCUACACACUGACGUCACACUGCCUAUUCUCAUCAAUUUGAUCACACUUUUGCCACUUGCCGCACCGCAAAGUGUUAAUUACAGAGGCGAAUAGGGAGAGAUAGUGCGCGUCUUGAGAGUUAUGAAAAGCCCUCCGCGAGUGUUUUGUGAGUAUCUUAUCGGCAGCGCUUAAGGACAGACGGAAUUUUGAGUGUUGAGACAGUGACCCAGUGAUAAGCACAUCCGCGCAAUGCUCAAUCAAUGGAUUUACACUGUAAUCUUCACUGGAAUUAUCUCAGUCAGUGGCAGCAGCACCACAACCAGUCGCAAUAUUGAGGAUGAAAAUGUGCCGCUCGUGCUGUCAGAAGCUGUGCAGGGCUCCAUCGGACGGUUACCAUGCAACGUGACAGCUCCCAUUGUCGAUGACAAAGUCGCUCUGGUAAUUUGGUACAAGGAUGGCUACGUGACGCCGAUCUACAGCUUCGACGUGAGACACUCGCAGUUCGAGAAGGGAAAGCACUGGGUGGAUGAGAACACGUUCGGCGGAAGGGCGUUUUUCCAGGCUGCCGCCCAGCCGGCCUCAUUAACCAUCGACUCGACAAAGAGCAGCGACUCAGGGACGUACCGAUGCCGCGUCGAUUUCAACAAGAGCCCCACGAGGAACGCCCGCGUCCAAUUAAAAGUUAUUAUUCCACCGGAGAAACUGCUGAUGCUGGAUGAAAAGGGUGCUCAUAUUCCGCACUACAUUCUGGGACCAUACAAUGAAGGUGCUUCCGUCAACAUUACUUGUGUCUCGAUUGGUGGUCGGCCGCUGCCAAAUGUGUCCUGGUGGCACGAGAACACCCUGUUGAAGAGCCACUCGGUGAUGUUGUCCGAUAAGCGCGUUAAGAAUGUGCUGCAGCUGGAGAAAUUGCAGAGAAGUCAUCUUCACAUGGUGUUAACAUGCCAGGCGUCCAACAAUAACGUCACGACGCCCAUCAGCUCAUCAGUUACGCUGGAUUUGAACUUGCGGCCGUUGCGGGUGAAGUUGGUAGGUGAGAAUCGACCAUUAUCGGCAGAUAACACAUUCGAGCUGUGGUGCGAGGUGGCGGGAGCGAAGCCGGCGCCGACAAUAACAUGGUGGAAAGGGAGUAUGCCGAUGAGGAAUACCAGAGAAUUAACAACUCCGGACGGCAAUAUCACAACGUCCAUCUUGAGCUUCACGCCCACCAUCGAUGAUGGCGGCAAGUAUCUCUCGUGUCGCGCUGAGCAGCCUCUGAUUAUGGAGUCUGGCAUCGAGCAUGGCUGGAAAUUGGACAUCUAUCAUAUUCCCAUUGUUAAGCUGGAAUACGGGACAAACUUGAACGCAACACCGAUUCGCGAGGGAGCUGACGUCUACUUCGAGUGCAACAUUAAAUCCAACCCGUGGGUGUAUCGUGUCAGCUGGAGACACAAUGCCAAGAUAUUGGACAACAAUGUUGCCGAGGGCAUCGUCGUGGCCAACCAGAGUCUCGUCCUGCAGAACGUCAGCCGCGCCCGUGGCGGAAUUUAUACUUGCGUCGGCAGCAACAGCGAAGGCGACGGCGAAAGUAACCCCGUGACCCUUGACAUCAAAUUUCCGCCAAUUUGCCGGCCGGGACAGCAGGAGAGCUUCAGUGCGGCGCGGAGUGAGCUGGUGAAGGUGCCCUGCGAAGUGGAGGCAAAUCCGGACAACGUGCAUUUCACAUGGAAAUUCAACAGCACCCAAUUCGACUUCCUGGACAUUCCGACAUCCGUUAUCGCAUUCGAUCAUGCCAGGAGUGUCGCCCACUAUUUGCCACGAACAGAACAUGAUUACGGGACCCUUUUGUGCUGGGGCAGCAAUGAGAUUGGCGCCCAAACGGAUCCCUGUAUCUUCCACAUCAUUCCAGCAGGUCCUCCGGAUCCGCCCAGCAAUUGCACGGUGCUCAACAUAACGUACGACAUGAUCCAAGUGGAGUGCAUCGAGGGUUUCAACGGCGGCCUGCAGCAGAGCUUCUUCGCUGAAGUUUACUCAUCAGAAGCUCGUCAACUGGUGACGACAACAAAGUCUCGUACAAUUCCGUACUUCGAGAUUCGCGGCUUGCAGUCUGGCAUUGAGUUCAUCCUGCUCUUCGCCGCCACAAAUGCCAAAGGGACGAGCAAAUCGACACGCGUGAAUGCGUACACGCUCAAGAAUCCGGAGAAGCAGACCGACUUGGCUCUGGGAGCGCCUGUCAUUGAGGACAUGAAGCCCUUCCUGGCCAUUCUGCUGGGCGUCGUUGGCGGCCUCGUGUUCAUUGCCUUCGUGAUUGUGUUCAUCGUGCGAUUGCGAGGCUCCAGCGGCAGAGAUCACAACAAUUGCACCAGUCAUCUGGCGCCCAGCCUCUCGACAACCACAACAACCAUGAGGAACUCCACGCAUCCCUCCCAGAUGGACGGACUCGAUGCGGGGCGGGAUUCACUGCGAGACAGCCUGGAAAGCAUGGAAAAGAAUCCCGACAUUAUACCCCAAGGUCCUCAGCCGUCGCUGACAGACCGGGACGACGAGGAGAAGGGCUUCGAGUGGAUCAAUAACGUCCAUCCGCGGCUGUACGCGACGGCGGCGCUGGCGGAGCAAAACGGGCUCAACUCCCUGGGCAGCUACGAGCGCAUGGUGACCUACCAGGCGCUGCCCGGGCAGAACUUCCUGCCGCCCACGAGCUACAGCACACUCCGGCCCGUGGUCACGAGCAUGGCACAGCAGGGCAUCUCGUCGCUGCAGAGCGACCUCACGUACGCCGACCUGUCCCUCGUGGGCCCCAAGCGACAGCCCUACACCACCGCCACGCUGGGCAGGCCGCGCCAGAUGGACUUCAAGCGCCAUCAGGAGCCGACGAUUUACGCUCAGAUUGAUUUGGCCAGAAAUCCGAGCUACAGCCAUCGUGGCGUGUUUGGCGGUGGCACAAAUACAAUUUCCCGGCUGCCGCCCACAACGGUCAUGUCUCAUCCAUCACAAAUGACAACGUUUCCACCUCCGGCGCCCUUUGCGAAUAAAACACUCGUGACAACAAACAACAUGACAGAUGGGCUAUGCUCAAAUAAUGCGAUAAAUCCCACCCGGAGAGGGUGUCAAGAGGGGGAGAUGCUCAAGACAACCACCUUAGAUAGAUCAUCGGCAAUUUCAUCGCCAUCGCCAGAUGAUGGCAGCUCGAAUUACACCACACGCUUCUGACACAAGUAAAUGAACGCGGUGAUUCUCAGCCCGCUGAAACAAUAAAUUUUGAGGUGAAUAUACACAAUUGCUAGACAUUUGUAAAUAACUCAGAAUAUUGUAGGUAAAGAAUAAAAAUUUAGAUGCAGAAUGUUUUGUAUUAACAAUGAGAAAAGAUUGUCUCUGUAACAAUAAAACUGAUGAAAAAUUUACUUCAAUCAUUCCAUAAUCAAAAAAAAAAAAUGUGAGGAAUAUAAAGACAGAAAUUGGUGUCAUGUGUAAAAAGUUGUGUAUAAAAAAAUCAUGCAUUUUUAACCAAAAAAAAAGGAAUAAAAAAAUCUAAAUGGCUCAAUUUUAUAAUACCCUCGAUUUUAUUAACCUCUACAUUAUAUAGAUAUACGAAAGGAAAAAAAAAUGAAUAUUAUAAUAGUGGAAAAAUACAAUUGAAAUUUCCAGACACUUUUUGUCCACUUUUCUCUCUCCCUUCCGUUCGUCACUGGAUGGUGACGAACAAAAAAUUGCGCGCAUCCCCCGUAAUAUUCAAAAUAUAUAAAGUGACGGAGAAAAAUUGACAUGACGCAUUCAGAAAAAAAAUAGAAAUAGACAAUGUUGAAUGUAAAAAGUUAAUUGAAAAUGUAUCAAAAUGCAGGGAUUUGAAAUAAAAAAGAAGUCAAUCGAUUUUGCAGUUUCGCUUCUGCGAUUUAAAAGGUAAGUCUUCGCGGACAAUUUCGCGCGCAAAAGUGUUAUGAACUUCCGAUGGGUGAAAACUGGAGCUGAAUCAAUUAUCCAAACACACGAUCAAUUAUGACUUAAUGUGCCCGACAAUACUCCGCCUCGGUCGAUGGUAAAUAACUCAGCGCGCGCUUGCAUUCAAAAAUGCAUGUCACUCGACAUACGAGCAAAUUGAUUCCG